UCGAUCUGUUUAUCUCAACUGGGCUGAGCUCCGAAUACUCCCAGCACAAGGGGAGGGCCUUGCCUGCUUUCAAUCAAUAACCUCUGGAAUUCAGAAAUACUCGUAGGUCCUGUCUCUGUCAGACUGUGACACACUCUUGUGGAGGGCGGGCUCCAUAACGCACUGGAAGUUACCUCUGACUCUCUCUGGUUUCGCAGGUCUGUUUGAGUGUGUUUGUGUGACGAUGGCUGAGCCCAUGUCUCCGGAUUACUUCAGCUGCCCUCUGUGUGUUGGCUUGCUAAGGGACCCCGUGGCUAUUCCCUGUGGCCACAGCUUCUGUAUGGACUGCAUCAGUGGCUACUGGAAUGAGGCUGACUACACGGGAAUUUACAUCUGCCCUCAAUGCAAGAUCACCUUCACCCAAAGGCCUGUGCUGAGACCCAACACCAUGCUGACUCAGGUGGCUGAAAAGAUCAAGAAGACGGGCCUUAACCAGGCCAACACGUCCCCAGGAAACAGCUUCGCCGGCCCAGCUGACGUGCCCUGUGACUUCUGCUCUGGGAAAAAGCUCAAGGCUGUCAAGUCCUGUCUGAACUGCCUGGCUUCCUACUGCGAGAAGCACCUGAAGCCCCACUACGAGUCAGCCACCUUCAAGAGGCACAAGCUGGUGGAUGAGCUGGGAAACCUGGACCGGAAGAUCUGCCCUCAGCACCAGAAGUCCCUGGAGCUGUUCUGUCGUACAGACCAGAUGUGCAUCUGUGCCAUCUGCACAGUCAGCGAGCAUAGGGGCCAUGAUAUUGUCUCAGCUGAGGCGGAGAGGAGUGAGAAACAGAAACUCCUGGGGGUGUCUCAAGCUGAGAUCAGGCAGAAAUGUCAAGAAAGGGUGAAGGAGCUGGAGGAGUUAAGGACCGCAGUGGACUCAUUAAAGAACUCAGCUAAGAGAGCCAUGGCAGAGAGCGAGAAGAUGUUUGAGGAAAUGAUACGUUCCAUAGAGAGAAUGAGGUCUGAGGUCACUAAGCUCAUUGGCAUCAAUGAGAAGGCUGCGUUUAACCAGGCCGAUGGCUUGGUCGAGAGGCUGGAGCAAGAGAUUGAUGAACUGAAGAAAAAGGAGAUUGGCCUCAAACAGCUAUACAGCACUGAUGACCACAUCCACUUCCUGCAGAAUUUCAACUAUCUUUGCACUCCCACUGAUGAUGGAUUCAUACCCAGAGUAACGGUGAACCCAGAUUUCUCCUUUGGCGCAGCCAGGAAAGCCGUGGCUGAGAUCAAAGAACGUCUGGAGGAGCUCGGCAGGGAGGAGCUACUGAAGAUCUCCAAAUCAGUAAAUGAGGUUCCUGUUUAUACAACGGAAACUCGAUCCAGAGAGAAAAGUAGCAGAGUGAAAGAAAUAACAGUGGACAGUGCUCCUCCUGCGGAGCCCAGAACCAGAGCAGACUUUCUGAAGUACUUCUGCCAGCUAAGACUGGAUCCUGCCACAGCCUACAAGGAGCUGCACCUGUCAGACAGCAACAGAAAGGUGAUCAGAACCAGGGACCUGCAAUCCUACAGCGACACCCAUGAGAGAUUUGAUAGCUUCGCCCAGGUCCUGUGUCGUGAAGCGCUGUCCGGAGGUCGCUUCUACUGGGAGAUAGAGUGGAGUGGGGAGUUCUCAAUGGGAGUGGCCUACAAAGGCAUCAGCCGCAAAGGCAAAGGCUCUCUGUGCCUGCUGGGCUACAAUGAUAAGUCUUGGAGUCUUCUGUGCUCUGACUCAGGAUACUCAGCCUGGCAUAACAGGGUGGAUAAGGCCAUCCAUGCCCCCCACUCUCCCAGGAUAGGAGUCUACCUUGACCAUGGUGCAGGGGUGCUGUCUUUCUUCAGUAUAGGCAACAACAUGACCCUUCUUCACAGAUUUGAGACCAGCUUUGUUGAGCCUCUCUAUCCGGGCUUUGGCGUUGGAACCUCGGUUAAGAUCUGCCAACUGAAAUGAACAUUUAUAUGCGCCUCUGAUUUAUUAAUGAAAACAUUAAGAAAACAAUAAAAAAUAUAUACAAUUGUUUUCCAUGCUGUUAUUUGAUCUAAUUGUUCAUACUUCAUUGUAAACUCUGUCCUACAAGACUUAUUCAAUGAAUGUUCUACCUAUAAGUGAGUGUGGAAUAUUAUUUUUUGUGUGUUUUUUUCCCUUAAUCCAUUAUCAUGUUCCCUUUAUUAUGCUCUGUGCAAACUGUCCUAUUUAUCUAGUCAAUACAAAGACCAGUGUGGUUUUACAGGAUAUCUGUUUGCUCAUUGUGAUAACAAAAAUACUCUUUAAUAGUUUUCAAUAAAGAAUGUAUUAAAAUAUAUGUGUGC